GUUAAAUUCUGAGGUUAGGGUUAGAUUUUUCUGACAGUGACAGAAGUUUUUUUAUCCAAUUUUUUAUAAAAGUUGGGCCCCAAAUUUACAAUUCAAUUUAAUAAAUAAUAAGCAACAAAUCAAGUUCAAGAUGCUGUCUCACCAAAUCUUGAACAACCUAAAAACCAGCGUCCAAGGUGCCAUUCAUAGUCGCAAUAUCGGAAUAUUGGCCCCCUGUUUCCAAAAGGCCACCGACCCAAUUCAACAACUUUUCGUUGACAAAAUUCGCGAAUACAAAAAGAAGAGCAACGAUGGUAAAACUCUGGUCGAGCCAACUCCAGAAUUGCAAAAGGAACUGAGUCAGGAAUUGGAAAAGGUUGCCAAGCAGUACGGAGGCGGGGCCGGUGCUGAUAUGACCAAAUUCCCCGAUUUGAAAUUCCAGGAUCCAGUUUUGGACCCCAUCAACUUGGAAUCCAAGUAGAUCGUGCGAAAAUAAUGUAUUGAUACUUUUAUUUUGUAUUUUUUGUUUCAUUUAGCAGAUAGUGAUGAGAGUAAACUUUUAUGUCUAUUAAGAAUAA